AAAUCAUGCUCACAAGUUACAAUUAGGCAAACAUCACAUUUGGACUGUCAGGCAAGCCACUGGGGUCGGUAUUCCCCUUUCCUUCGAUACCAUCCAAAUUGCCUUUAGAAACUCACAGCUCAACAAAACAAGAUAGACAUAUAGUAAGGAUUACUACUAUGGUAUUCUUACGUUACAACAUCAUUAUUUUCCCCAAAAUUCCAUUCACUCUGUUACACCCUUUCCUUUUUCUGAAAAACUAAGGAUUAUUGAAUGGAUAGCAUGUAUGAAUAUCAUAAUAAGCUCAUCACAAUUCUACAAACAGAAGAAGGUGAAUUACUCUCAGUGAUGAAAUGGAUAAACUGCAAGGGACUAUGGGGACGAGUGGCAGUUUAGCUUUGAGAUUAGGACAAGCAAUUUGCUCAGUGGGUUCGCUUCUUUUCAUGUGUUGGAAUGUUUCUUUCUUCAGCUACAGCUACCCUCCCUUAUGCUAUUUGAUGACAGUCAUGGGUUUUGUAACAACAUGGAGCUUGGCAUUGGCAAUGAAUGAUGCAUUUUUAGUGUUGGUUAAACGCCCAUCUCGGCAGCCCAGAUUAUUGUCAGCUGUUGUUUUAGGAGAUUGGGUCCUUUCGUUUCUGUCACUGGCUGUGUCGUGUUCCACGGCUAGUGUGGCUGGUCACCUGAUUGCUUCUGGUAGUCCAUAUUGCAGAGGCAGUAUAUGCCGACGAUAUCUACUCUCUACUGCCAUGGCGUUCUUGACUUGGAUUUUGUCGAUGGUGUCUUCUCUCCUCAAUCUUUGGCUUCUUCCUACCUUUUAUCAUUUGCGUCUCUAGUCCCGGACCUCCUGGUUGUCUUUUGAUUUAACAAAUAGGGGAGUAAAGAUUGUCAAAUCACAUCUCCAUCUUUGUCAUCUGUCUGACAUAAUUUGGUUUAAUUUCUUGAGGCCAGAAGAGAGACCAUAUAAAACGUCAUCAAUCUGUUGUACUGAUCUCUGAAAGGGUUAGAAUGAUACUAAGUUAUUUCACUCAUUGUGUUAAAGUAUUCGUCCAUUUAUAAACGGGGAUCAUUAAACAUG